AUGGAGGGUAAUAUGGAAGCUGAAAUUAGGGCAUUGCUGGAUGGUCUUAAGAUCUAUCAUAAUUUUGGCUUGUCUGAUUAUCAGCUGGUCACUGAAACAGAUUCUCAAUUGCUUGUUGACAUGGUCAAAGGCAGCAUUGAAUGUAAUAGGAAGUAUCGGAAUCUUUUUUAUCAGCUACAGCAUCUUCUUGGCAGCUUGAAUUUUGAAAUCCAGCACAUAUAUCGAGAGGCAAAUUCUGUUGCCGACUAUCUUGCUAACAAAGGAGUUCAAGAUCUAUCAGACAUGGAGAUCAAUCACUACUGCAGACUCACUACCUGCAGAUGCUCGCCUGCUUCUUCAGUAUGA